AUGACUGGAUCUCCUGAGAACGGCCGCAAGCAGCAAGCAGCCAACAAGCGAGCAUCGCCGACCGAGCGUCCUGCGAGUGCCUCCAAUCCGCAACCUCAAGCUGCUGCUGUCACUCCCGCUGCUGUCACAACCGCACCCACUGUGAAAUCUAUCGCUGGAUAUGUGCCGCCAUCGCCAGGAUACAAGAACAGACCCAAGGAGCUCGGCGUGACCCGGCGAGGUGCAAUGGGCGAGUACGUCCCUUCUUCUGGGAACACGCCGUGCUCGACUCUCGCAAACCCCACUCCCGGUCCGCUCGACUAUGACCCCAAGCUGCCCACCGGGCUGCAAUACUCCAUCCUGGGCAAGCAUCCGCCCCCCAAGAUUGCCGCCAUGAACUGUGGCCCCGGUCCUGCAAAAUACAAUGUCGAUCCGACCAAGAUCACCUUUGACGAAGCCCCACACUGGUCGUUCCGUGCCAAGCUGAAGGACCGAUCCAAGCCCUUGAUGGACAACCCCAGUCCCUUCGCCUACAAUGACGACCAUGGAACCUUUGGCAAGGACAGCCUCAAAUGCACCAUCUCCGGAUGGUUUCCCAUGUCAGCCGAAGAGACACCAGGGCCCGACCGAUACUUUCCAAAGUCCGAAUUUGGGCAUGCUCCCAAAUACUCUUUUGGGCUUGUCGCUCGCCAAGUGGACGACCCGACGCCUGGUCCCCAAGACUACAAGAGCCGGUUCAACCUCUGUCAAAGCAACGCAGCGAAAUACAAAUUCAGGCCUGGGUGCAACGAAUACUAUCCCAAGAUGUCGUCAUCAGCCAAAGCCACCUCUCUGAAGGGAUCAUACAAGGAGAGCAAAGCACUCAAGACACCAGGUCCGGCCAACUACAUCAUGCCAAACACACUUUUUUCGGGCCCCCAGCACUCGCUGACAGGCAGAAACAUUCCAUACGAAGAGGAGCCAACCUAUGUUCCGCCUCCCGGACCUACUGACUACAGCCCUAGCGCUGAUCCGACGAGAGACUGUCCCCCAAUCUACUCAAUGGGCACACGACGGCCAUCACUCUCGAACAAAGCAAUCGACUAUCCGGGUCCGGGGGCUCACCAGCCGCGCGAUCGUCAAGUCCGUGGAAAUGAUUCGCAGCGUGCCACCCUCAAGGGCCGAUGGAGAUCCACGAUCGAAAUCACGCCUGGUCCGGCUGACUAUGAUGCAGCGUGGAAGCCACCGCGAUCGCUGUCUGAUGCCCAGCUGGCGCGGAUGGGAGCGCGCAAGUCGGUUCCAGAACGCAUCAAAAUGGUUAUCGAGGACACACCAGGGCCAGCGGACUACAAUCUCAAGAGCAUGAACUUUACCAAGCGUGCGGGUCCUGCAUACUCUUUGUCGGCGCGCAUCAACUCGAUCAAGCGUGACAAUGUUCCUGGACCCAAUGCCUACGACGCGGGACCAAAGCGCGAUGCCCCCAAGGCAUCGAUGAAGAGCCGCAUGAGUCCGUUUGUGCUCAUGUACCCCACGAGCAGGGUCGAUACUCUCAGGACUUAGGCGUGCCUGCUGAGCUCGGAACAUCGCGUUGGCAGCACCGUCGUGUGCUCCAAACAGUCUGGGCACUUUGAUGCAAAAGUUCCGUUGUGUAUUAUGCACUUGCUGUAUAUCCUCAAAGUGGCAAAUCUCUUGGCUAUUGGCUUUGAGGUGCAGGCAUGCAUAUGGGCUCUUUCCAGGCCGUCGCUCAAUCGAAGCUACCAUCCCAUGCCACCGCCAUCUGUGCCGUCGCCAAGGCCACCCAGGCGUUGGAUAUAGUGCUCUUCAGAAAUAGUGGAUGUGUAAAGGGAGCUGCACAGGCGCCAGACUCGGAUGGCGCCGAGCGAGUCGCCUGUCGCCAGAAGCUGCUUGUCCUUGGUGUUGAAUGCAAGCGCCGUUACCAAACUCGCCGAGGCUGCCGAUGUGCUCGUGCACGAAUACGACUGAACAGGCACGGACUUGGAGUG